AUGGACGCUUACUCAGUUUCUUGUACCAGCCCUGCCAACCGGAGUACAUCCCGUAUUUACCAGGAUCUAGAGUCCUGCCGAGCCCAGAGCCUUUUUGGGACCGGCCAAGAAAAGCUGCUGUUCAGAUCGCUGACAAUGGACUCACUUCUGCGGCGCAAACAAUCAGAGUCGGGCCCAAAACCUCAUAUUGCCGUUAUCGGUGCUGGCCUCGCCGGGCUGCGCUGCGCUGACAUCCUGAUCCAACAUGGCUUAUUGGUGACCAUCAUCGAAGGCCGAGAACGGCUGGGGGGGCGUAUGUUCCAGGAAACGCUGCCCAAUGGCCACACUGUAGACCUCGGCCCAAAUUGGAUACAUGGCACGGACGACAAUCCCAUCAAUGAUUUGGCCAAAGAGACUGGUACUGCCGUUGGCAGUUGGGAUCACAGGUCAUACGUAUUCGAUGAGUCGGGAAACCUUUUCAAGCUGGACGAGAGCGAAAUCUAUUCGAGCAUCAUGUGGGACAUUGUCCAGGACGCCUUCCAGCACUCGAACAAGAACACGGCCAGUAUACAUCCCGACGAAAGUCUCUGGGACUUUUUCCUGGAAAGGGUGCUCGAGAAAAUCCCCGACACCGAGGAAAAUUAUGCUGAAAACCGAAAAACUGUUCUCCAGAUUGCAGAGCUUUGGGGCGCCUUUUCCGGAAGUCCAAUCGCAACCCAAAGUCUCAAGUUCUUCUGGCUCGAGGAAUGCAUAGACGGAGAAAAUCUGUUCUGCGCCGGCACGUACGAAAAGAUCUUUGAGCGAGUUGCGGAGCCCGUAAGGCACAAUGCGGAUAUCAAGUACGACACUAUUGUCACCAAGGUGGAGCUCAAGACAUCCGAACGUCCAAAACCGAGAGUUCACACCAACACUGGUGAGGUCUUGGAGUUUGACGACGUCGUCAUGACAGCACCCCUGGGCUGGCUGAAGAAGAAUCUGCAAGCAUUUGAACCACCGUUGCCUGAGAGAAUCGAGCGUGGAAUUCAGGCCAUUGGAUUCGGGUGCCUGGAAAAAGUGUACAUCAGUUUCCCAAAAGCAUUUUGGCUCGAGCCCGACGCAGAGGGCCGAGUGGUGCAAGGCUUCUGUCAGUGGCUUGCACCGAAAUAUGCUGGAGAUACCAAUCCGAAGGGAUGGAAUCAGGAGAUUGUCGAUCUUGCCUCGAUGGGCGAGCACUCGCACCCAACCCUUCUGUUCUACAUUUUCGGAGACGAGUCAAAGUACAUCACCGAAGGAGUGGCAAGGCUGAAAACCAUCCCGGAGAGAAACAACUUUUUGUACGAUUUCUUCAAGCCUUACUACUCCCGCCUGCCACAUUACGACGAGACGUCACCUGAUUGCAAGCCGACGGGGAGCCUGUCGACGGACUGGCUGCGUGAUGACCUGGCCGGCAAUGGCAGCUACAGCAAUUUCCCAACCGGGCUGUUGGAGGGCGACAAGGACAUUGAAGCGAUGCGGGAAGGCGUACCGGAAGGCGGUCUGUGGCUGGCGGGCGAACAUACGGCGCCGUUCGUGGCGCUAGGGACGGCGACGGGAGCCUACUGGAGCGGUGAGAGUGUCGGCCGAAGGGUUGCCGAGUCCCACGGGCGGGCGAGCAGCAAGGUUUCAGAGGAUGGCCAGUAG